AUGGCCUCAAUCAUGCGUCCCACUCUCGCCAGGCAGGUCUUUGCCCAGUCCGCCGUUGCUCCCCGCAUGCUGUCCACCGUCACCACCUCUACUACCCGAUCCAUCACCCAACAGCUUCGGCCCACCCUCCAGCGCGCAGCAGUCCCCAAGUCGACACGCAUCGCCGCCUUCCACGCUACACAGCGCAACCAGAUUCUCCCCCCUCUACCACAGAAGAUCGAGGGAACUACGAACGACCCAGUGCCUGUACCCAACCCAGAUUACACGCACGGCAGCUAUCACUGGACAUUUGAAAGAAUCGUCUCUGCCGGUCUGAUUCCCUUGACCAUCGCGCCCUUCGCCGCUGGAUCACUCAAUCCCGUCACCGAUUCAAUUCUCUGCGCACUCUUGGUCAUUCACUCGCACAUUGGCUUUGAGGCGUGUAUCAUCGAUUACUUCCCGAAGGCUCGUAUCCCCAAGAUUCGCGCUGCUGCGAACUGGGCGCUGCGUCUCGGAACUCUCACUCUGGGUGUUGCCCUGUACUCUUUUGAGACAAAUGACGUUGGAAUCACCGAGGCUGUGGCGAGGCUAUGGCACGCGUAG